AUGAAUUACGCCGAGGAUCGCCGUGACCGGAGGGCUCGACACGGAACCGACGGUCUCUGGAACGACUAUAAGAAUGCCCUGGAUGCACAGAAUCAUGUUUUGCUCGGACAAACCUUGCGAGAUGUGGGUUGGAAUCGUCGGGCCCUGUUUCAUUACGCUCAAGCGUUGCUUGGUUGCACCCACGCUCGUCGCGAGGGAGAGCUCGAUACGGAGCUACCCAACCGAGUCGGAGAUUAUGCGCAAAUGGCGGAAUUGGCCGGCUAUCCAGAACUUGGAAUUUUGGCAAUCGCUGCGUACCGCGGCUCUUUUUCGGAAACCACAGUGGAUCGUCAGGGUGCCGCCAUAGACCGCAACGGCUGGAACGGCAAAGACCGUCAAACCUGGCUGUCGCAACACGAAGCGGGUCUGUCAUCUCACUGUGGAUGUGGAGAUACGCAGUGUGGAUACGCAAGUUACACGAUCAUUCAGUGGAAAAAAACUGCCCUGGAUUUAUUCUUGGUAGAUCUAAAAGAUUUCUUGGAAGAGCAGCAACAGCGCAUUGACAAUAACACUAUUGCUCUUACAGCUCACGGCAUACUGGCGAAGCAAGCCAAGCAACAAGAGCUUCCCGAAAUGAUUACCCUGCCGCAAAUCUUUGCGUUUUGGACAGAUUCUUGCGAUACCGUUGUCGAUGAGAAAUCAAGGUCGUAUCGUCCUCUCCCUACUACUCUACAACUCCUUUGGACCAAGCUCCUUUAUUCGGUAUGUCCAAGUCUCGCACUUUAUGCAGUCAUUCAUUUGCCUUUGCGGGACAACACUACUUUCUGUGCAGCGUACAAGUCUCACUGGGCCUAUCAAGUGUUUUUGCGAGCGUUGGUGCUAGGGGAGCGCAUCAAACCGCACCGACGUGCAAUACUACCGUUUUAUCACAUACCCAUUUGGGAUCUGCUAUUUGGAUUGGACCAACGCAACGAUUACGACUCCUCCCUUUGUCUUCCGAGUAACACGGAAAGACACCGUAGACAAAGACAAAUCCAUAUGUUUACUUCUCGGCUACGAACCAUUGCUACUGCCGCGGAAACGCCAAUCUCCGAAGCUCAAUCUCAUUUUUAUUUUGCGCCGAACCCAGCCAAUCAUCACCGUCCAUUGUACAUUGCUGGGGAUUCACACGUUCUUUCCCUGGCGUGGCAGACACUGUGGAUUGCACCAAAUCAGCCACGAUUGGUAGUCCCCUUGGUUGUGACCGGGUUAAAAGCAUGGCAUGUUCAAUCGAACGUACGCUUUUUUACUCGUGCGAAUUUGGAUGUUUUGCUACAACGGUUUCCUCGUUCAGAAAAGACGAUACUGGUUUCGGCGGGAGAGAUAGACUGUCGUGAAGGACUGGGUGGCCCGGCUUUGGAAGGCUACAGACAGUCGUGUGUUGAGGAUGUAACUCGGACUGUGUCUGCCUACGUACAGGGGUUGGUCGACUUGCGUACACGACACGGACUAGAACAGUUAUUGGUCUUACCGGUGGCCCCUCAAAUGGUUCGAUCCACUGGGCGUGCUACGGGACAGGCUUCGCGACGAGAGACCAUUCAAGUGUGGAACAAAACGCUACAAGCGCUAUUGCCUCGUGCAGGUGUCUUUUUUCUGGACUACGCCGAUGAUGUACGUCUCGGAGACAACGAAGAAUACGUCUUAAACCAAGUUUAUAACGCAGAUUCAACGCACAUGAACUCUGCCUUUGUGCUACACUUAGAGCUGGCGAUCCGAAGGUGCGGUUGUGACAUGAGUCUGCUUUAG